AUGGCAGAACUUCCAAUAAGUCGAGUUCAGAGUGACGAGCCGGCGUUCACCAGAGUUGGCAUGGACUAUUUUGGUCCUUUUGAAAUAAAGUGUGGAAGAAGCAUAAGGAAAAGAUAUGGCGUAAUCUUCACAUGCCUGUCCUGCAGAGGGGUGCACAUUGAAGUUGCAUCGAGUCUAGACACAAGCUCCUGUAUUGAGGCUAUUCGUCGCUUCAUCAGCCGCCAAGGACCUAUGAAAGAGAUGUUCUCAGAUAAUGGUACAAAUUUAGUAGUAGCUGAAAGGGAACUGAAGCAGGCAUUAAAGGAGCUGAAUCAAGACCAGCUGAUCAACUUUCAUGCAAACCAUGGCAUGAAAUGGCAUUUCAAUCCUCCUGCUGCUUCCCAUCAGGGGGGAGUAUGGGAACGCCAAAUUAGAACAGUCAGAAAGAUACUGUGUGCAGUCAUGAGAGAGCAGUAUCUAAAGUUCUACCAGAAUGAGGAGCAGCUCCAUACAUUCAUGUGUGAAGUGGAGGCCGUCAUAAAUAGUAGGCCUCUUACCCGAUGUUCAGACAACCCAAAUGAUCUGGAUGUAAUCUCACCAAACAGCUUGCUGACUAUGAAGGGUUCAACGACGCUACCUCCAGGGAUCUUCGACGACAAGGACAUCUACGCAAAGAAGCGGUGGAAACAGAUGCAGUACUUGGCAGACCUAUUCUGGAAGAGGUGGGUGCGAGAGUACCUGCCUUCUCUACAACGCCGACAAAAGUGGCUGCAGCCAAGUCGUAACCUUCAGGUGGGGGACAUUGUACUCGUCAUAGACGAAACAGCGCACAGAUGUUCCUGGUCCAUGGCCCGAGUGCAAGAGGUUAUGCCAGACAACAAGGGGUUCGUCCGCAGAGCGAAAGUGAAAACUGCAACAACAUCGCUAGUAAGACCAGUAACCAAGUUGUGUAUUCUACUGGAGCAGGAAAUUUGAAUGGAGUUUGUCUCAAAUUUAUGAAAGGAUCUAUAUGUAUAAUAUGUGAAAGUGCCUUUAAGUGGAUGUGCUUUGAAUCAUUAUUGGAGGAGGAUAUCAAGCAAAUGAAGCAAUUUGUGUUUGGAUCAAGCGAACAAGUGGAAUUCAGAGCGCCAGUGAAAUUUUGUGUUUGUGUUAAAGUGAGAAGUAAAAUAUUAAUAGCCCUUUGGCUAGUAAUUGGUAAUCAUUUGUGAUAAUGAGCCAAUACAGGAUCAAAUCAUGUUUAAUAGCGAAUUUGGAUCUGAUCAACACAUCUUUAAUCGCGAGUUUGCAUUGGAUCAACACAUCUUUAAUCGAGAAUUUGUAUUGGAUCAACACAUGUUUAAUCGCGAAUUUGCAUUGGAUCAACACAUGUUUAAUCGCGAAUUAAUUGGAUCAACACAUGUUAAGUCGCGAAUUUACACAGGAUGAUUUUGUCAACACGCGAAUUGCAAGAGAGCAAAGUUUUACGCGAUUUUAAGAGAGGACACUUCCAUGAAAGGAUGUCAAUUUAAGACAUUGAAUUAUGAUAAGUCAGCACCGAACAUUGUUUAGUCUUUGCAAGAACGAUAAAGGAUAUGAACAUGAACUGGAACGAACUAGUGAACUUUCAAACUGUUUAAGUUGAACUCUGUGAAAUGCUAUUCAUGACUGAAAUGUAUAUAUGUAAGUUUGUUGAGUUUCAAUAUUUCUUUGUGUUAUCACAAUUGGGAUGUUUAAAUUGAGGAUGAUUGAACAUACAUGUACACAAAUAAUUAAAAGAGAAUAUUUUGUAAAAAUUUGUUCAAGGUAAUGAUUGAAUUAGCCUCAGAGUUAAAAUCAGAUACAAUUUGUUAAUAUAAAACUUACCAGAAAGAGAGAACUCAAAUAGGGUUAAAGGGAGAAAGUGUUUUGAAAACAGUGUAUUUGUUGACAUAGAAAGUUAGAAAUUUCAUUUCAUUAGAUGUUCAGAACAUUAACAUGAAUGAAAAGAUUUAAAUAUAUGUGUCUGCACUCUGCAGUGUAGAGCAUUAUAAGGAAGUUCAGAUUGUGUUAUAUUUAAAUUGAGGAUUAACAUGUUUAAGUGAAGUAAGGAAUGUUAUUUAGUUUUAUGUGCAAAUGGCAAGGAUAUUUGCAUGUGCUUAGUAGUCAAUCCACAAUGUGACUUCAGUCAUGCAGGUAAACUUCGGACAGAUUGAUAUAUGCAAAUAGAAAGAACAAGGUUAAUGUUCAAGCAGAAGUAUAAGUAUUACAUGUAUGAAGAUGGUAUUAUGCACAAUGCUAAAUAUUUCCUUUUCUCUAUUGUUUGAAAGUACAUGUGCAUCUACGUUAUUUCGAUGUUCCUUUUAUGUUGAUGUACAUGUGCAUCAGUUCAGUUCAAUCGAAGGUGUUCAGAAAUUG